UUACCCCCCCUUCCCUCUUUGUUUUCAUACUAUGUAUAGAUUAUUUGUUUGUUUGUUGCCCAUUUCAAAGAGAGACUCCGCACCCAUUUCAAAGCCUGAAGAGGGUUUCUUCGGAUCGCAUGGGUUUUCCCUCUCUUGCUGCUUUUGGGCAUUUUCGUGUGAUGGGUGUUGAGGUUUCGGUGGGGAAGGAGAUGGUGGAUCUUGACAGGGGAAAACAACUCAUGGUGGCAGAUGAAGAGGAAUCAAAUUCUCAGCCCGAUUACGAUCAUAAGUACCCCGAGCCACUUGCGGAGUACAAGGAUGUUGUCGAGGACCGGAAUUUAUUCAUGGAUACGCUUGGGAAGCUGCAUGCAGCGAUGUCGACUAAGUUCAUGAUUCCUGUCAUAGGAGGAAAAGAGCUUGAUCUUCAUCGACUAUUUGUGGAGGUUACAGCACGAGGUGGUAUCGAGAAGGUAGUUGCGGAUCGUAGAUGGAGAGAAGUAACUGCUGUAUUCAAUUUCCCAUCCACAGCCACAAAUGCAUCAUUUAUAUUGCGCAAGUACUACAAUUCUUUAUUGCAUCACUAUGAACAACUGUAUUUCUUUGGGUCACAGGGAUGGAAUUCACCUGUGGAAGCUUCUCCAAAAACGCCCGCUGAUCCAAUUAAAGCUGUGAGGUUGGCUGAGAAUGUCUUGCAAAAAUCUACAAAUUUGCCUAGCAUCCGAAAAAGAAAAAGCAACGGAGAGCUUAUACCUGCUGGUCCAUCUGCACAAGCAAAUAGAACGGUUGCUGGAAUAAUUGACGGGAAAUUUGAGCAUGGUUAUUUUGUAACCGUCACCAUAGGCAAUCAAAAUCUCAAAGGAGUAAUCUUUCACACUCCAGAGCAGGCUACCAACCAAACGGCUGACAACACCAAUGUCAAUGUUGGUCGCCGUCGUCGUCGGAAGAAGAAACUUAGCACAAGAGAUCCUACACAUCCGAAGCCUAAUCGGAGUGGUUACAACUUUUUCUUCGCAGAGCAGCAUGCUAGGCUGAAACCACUUCAUCCAGGGAAGGACAGAGUUAUCAGCAAAAUUAUUGGCGAACUAUGGAGCAAACUAACAGAGACCGAGAAAGCUGUUUAUCAGGAGAGAGGUAUGAAGGAUAAGGAAAGGUAUAUAAGUGAGAUGGAAGUUUACAGGGGGAGAUUAAAUACGGGUCAAGUUAUAGCAAAUGCCGUUCCUAUUCAAGCGAUUCCCGCUGAGUCGGUGGGCAGCCAAAACAAUAUUGACGAAGGCGAGUUGAAUGAAGAAGAUAAUAAUGGUAGCUUCACUGAUGAUGAUAGUAGCGAGAGCGAGGGCAACAAGUCAGAGGAAUCAGAACCUGAGGAUUACCCUGAUGUAGUAGAUGUAGCAGCUGUUGAACCUGCUAGUUUUGCUGCAGAUGCCUCGGCCAAAGGAGGUGAUUUUGAGUCGAAAGAAGUUUCAGAACCGUCUAGUGAUCAGCUGUAGGCUCUCACGUUUUUGUGGUUAGUGAGCGCACAAGAACAACUGUCAGUUUACAUUGUUAAAUUUCCCUUUUUUUUUUGUUAAGGAUAUAUUUUACAUUGUGAAGCUGUUGUUAGAGCUUUAGAGGGGGGAAAACAUGUAUAUGGUUAGUCUGAAAAGAUGAUGUUAGUGGAGUUCGUAAGUGGGAUUAUGUCGCGACUUGUGUUAAGUUUUGUUUGCAAUAUGAUUUGGAUUUGGAUCC